AUGUUCUUAGUCUCAAAUCCAAUGAUGAGAACAAGUACUCCAUCGCCUCUGCCUGAUCUUUCUCUGCAGAUCAGACCACCGGCCGUUUCAGACUGUGAAGCCAGGGAAGCAGCGAGCAGCCGUGGAUUAACAAGGAAACCAAUAUUACACAGCGACCGUAGCUCCACCACCGAUUCCAGCAGCACCGCCAGCGAUUUAAGCCAUGAAACCGGAUUCAAUCUUGGUUCCGGCGAGCCCAGCUUGAGUUUAGGGUUCGAGUUGGGAUCUUUGAAUCCUUUGCCCGUGCAACCGCGCGCAAAACCUCACCACCACAAAAUCUGCGGCCGAGAUCAGUUCAAGAGAAAUUCAAGAAUGAUCAAUGGAGUUCGAAGAAGCAUAAGGGCUCCCAGAAUGAGAUGGACUUCAACUCUGCACGCCCAUUUCGUUCACGCAGUCCAGCUCCUCGGCGGCCAUGAAAGAGCAACGCCAAAAUCUGUGCUAGAGUUGAUGAAUGUGAAGGAUCUCACCCUGGCUCACGUGAAGAGUCACUUGCAGAUGUAUAGAACAGUGAAGAGCACUGACAAAGGAACAUUAGGUCAAGGGCAGAAAUUAGAUAUGGAUUUGAAUCAGAGGAUGGGUAUUGCUGGAGCGCUGGAGGGAGGAUUACGCAGUGAGCUGAAAGCCGACACCAACUCUCCUCAUUCUCUCAACCCACCACCACCAUCAUCACAGAAAGCCCACAGGUUCAGCUCCCUGCCCUCUCCCGUAGACAAACAUGAGGUUGCUCGUGAUGUCUUUGAUAGGGACAUAAAGAACAAGUUGGAUGCUAGUUCAACUAUAUCAUCAUCAUCAUCGGAAAUGUUGCUUAAUCUAGAGUUUACCCUUGGAAGACCUAGUUGGCAAAGGGUCGACAUUUGUGAAUCUUCAAAUGAGUUGAGCCUUCUUAAGUGUUAA